UAAUAUGCAAACAAGUCCUAUAUGCCCAUAACCUGAGGCAUAAUAUUUAGAUAAUUAUGAAAAUUUUGAAGAAGUAACCAAAACAUUUAAGUGUCUUCAAAAAAUUCAUCAACCACUUGAAGAAGAAGCAACUUAUUUUUUGAUACGUGCUCCAACUAAAGAUAAUGUUCAUCGUGCUAUUAAAUACGGUAUUUGGACUAGGUAGUUAUACUAUAAAUACUUUAGUUCGAGUCGUAAUAAUUAGAAAUUAAAUGAUGCAACACGUCCAGUUUAUCUAUUAUUUAAUGUUACCCAAACAUCCCACUUUAUAGGAUUGGCUAAAAUUGUCAGUAAUUUUAGAGAAAACAUGCAUUUUAUGUAUUGGGCAGAGGAGAAUAAAUGGUUUGGGUCUUUCUAGAUUGAAUGGGUAAUAAUCCUAUAAACAAAAGGUCUUUGUAAGAGAUUUACCAUAUAGCGAAUUAAGUUCAAUUUAAUAAUCAGGAGGAAAAUGUAUUCAUGAAUUAAUUGAUUGUACUUAAAUUGAAAAUGGUCAUUUGAUCUAUGAUGCCUUUAAAAAUUAAUAAUAAAAAAGUUGUAUGUUGAAAGCUUUUAAGGAAUUAGAUAAUUCAGAAGUAAUUAUUAAUUUGUAUUUUCAUAGAAACGAAAGAGAAAUGAAAGAGAUUCCAAUCCAAAUUUUCCCAUCUAGUUUUAAGAAUAUAUAAAUGUCUUUGAAUAAAUGCCAUUCACUUUCUCUGUAGCAUCCUAUUAAAGAAGAAAAUAGUAAUAGAUUCAAAAUCAAUGUUAUUAAUAAUAUUAAUAUUAUUACUAAAGUCCUUGGUACGGAGUUGGUAUAUUUUACUAUAAUUAUAGCCUAACCUACAUUUUGGAAUCAAUAGCAGUAACUUUAAUAAUAGCCAAUAUAAUAAUACUAGUAAUAAUAAUAAUAAUAAUAAUAAUAAUAAUAAUAAUAAUAAUAAUAAUAGUAAUAAUAAUCUUUAAAUAAUCCUGGUUUUUAUCAGACUUCUAAUUAUAAUAGGCCCUAGGGAUAAUAUCAUCAAAACAACAAAUAUCAACAAAAGAAAUAAUUAAAUAAUAAAAAUAAUAUUUAAUAGAGUCCAAAAAAAUAAUAAUAAUAAUGA